UGUACUGGAGGCAGCGUGCGCGUGGAGAGAAGCAUGUCCGCGUUUGCGUUUUAUCAGUCACUAAAGGAAAAUGCAGGUCAUACACAGCAGACUUCAGUUUCCCCAGCGAAGAAAAAGAAGAAGAGGAAGCAGAAUGGAUUAGUACCGACCGUGAGUGGCAAGAAAAAGUUGAGAAAGAUCUCUGAGGAGGGAAAGACAAAGAAGGCGGAAAACCAAGAUGAGCCUGUCCAUGAGAAGCAGCAGCGACCGUCGACCGGGUCUGAUCAAGCAAGCAACGACAAACUUCACACACUUCUCUCUGAGCUGACGAAAGUGGACAACAGCAGAGAGCGAGCAAACAUGCUGUUUCAGUGGAUUAUACAUCCUAUUCCAGCCAAAACCUUCUUCAGGGAUAAUUGGGAGAAGAAGCCCCUUUUGCUCAGACGCCAGAAUCCACACUACUACGAGGGCUUUUUCUCAACAGCAGAGUUUGACCGCAUGUUGAGAAAUGAUGAUGUCCAGUACGGAGUGAACCUGGAUGUGACGAGCUACACAAACGGCAAGAGAGAGACGCACAAUCCUCCAGGACGAGCUCUGCCCUAUUCAGUGUGGGAUUUCUAUGAUAGCGGCUGCUCGCUGAGGCUGCUGAACCCUCAAGCCUUCUCCUCUACCGUGUGGAAUGUUCUGUCCAUCCUGCAAGAAAAGUUUGGCAGCAUGGCGGGAGCCAAUGUUUACUUAACACCAGCAGGAACACAAGGAUUCGCACCGCAUUAUGAUGAUAUCGAAGCGUUUAUUGUGCAGCUGGAAGGAAAGAAGCAUUGGAGAGUGUAUAACCCACGGUCUGAAGAUGACGUCCUGCCGCUUGUGUCGAGCCCUAAUUUUAGUCAGUCUGAGAUCGGAAAGCCCAUACUGGACGUGACGCUGGAGGCAGGUGAUUUGCUAUAUCUCCCCCGCGGGUUUAUUCACCAAGGCAACUGCCUCCCGGACGCCCACUCGCUGCACAUCACCAUCUCCUCGUAUCAGAGGAACAGCUGGGGCGAUCUGCUGCUCAAGGUGAUGCCAGCGGCUUUGGAAAUGGCAAUGGAGGAGGAUGUGGAGUUUAGAAAAGGACUUCCUCUUGACUACCUCACCUACAUGGGAGUCCAGAACUCUGAUAAGGAAGAUCCACGGAGAGACAGGUUUCUGUCCCACAUGCAGGGUUUAAUGAAGAAGUUGGCAUCCCAUGCUCCAGUGGACGCUGCCGUGGAUCAGAAAGCAUGCGAAUUUCUGCACGACUGCCUGCCACCUUUGAUAACUCCAGCAGAGAAAGCGAGUAGCGUGUACGGCGCUCCUGUGAGAUUCGAAGAUGGAGAGGCUGUGGAUUCGAACACGCACAUCAAGCCUCAGACCAAAAUAAGACUCCUCCGCUCAGGAAUCGCCAGACUCUGCAGCGACGGUGAGGCUGUCCAUCUUUACUACACCACCGAGAACUCUAGAGUUUAUCACAAAGAGGAGCGCAAAAGCAUGGAGAUAAAUGCAGAGCAAACGGAUGCUGUGGAGUUCCUGAUCCACUCGUACCCGAAGUUUAUCCCAAUCUCAAGUUUACCCUGCGACUCUACAGAAGACAAGGUAUCCUUGGCAGAGAUGCUGUUUGCGAAAGGACUGAUCCACACAUUUGAACCUUUGACCACCAAGUGACGAGUUCAUCUGUUCACUAUAAUUACCCGGAGGAAAUCUUUUUUUUUCUUUCUACUUUUCUUGGUUUUGGAACAAAUGAAUCAAAGUCAUUAUUGACUGUUUGAUGUUUACACCUUUGCAGUAAACAAUUUAACUUCAGAAA